AUGCUCUCAACACCCCUCAACAUCCCGAAAUGGCUCGAAGAGAACUCGCACCUCCUCAAGCCCCCGGUGAACAAUUACUGCGUCUACAACGACGACAUGACCGUCAUGAUUGUCGGCGGCCCCAACGCCCGGACAGACUACCACAUCAACACGACGCCGGAGUGGUUCUACCAGUACCGGGGCACGAUGCUGCUCAAGGUCGUCGACGGCAGCGAGUUCCGGGACGUCUACAUCACCGAGGGCAGCAUGUUCCUCCUGCCGCCCAACACGCCGCACAACCCCGUCCGGUUCGCGAACACGGUCGGCGUGGUGUUGGAGCUGCCCCGGCCCGAGGGGAGUGUGGAUACGUUAAGGUGGUACUGCCCGCGGGAGGACUGCAGGAGGGUGGUGUAUGAGGAGAGCUUUCACUGUACGGAUCUGGGGACGCAGAUCAAGGCCGCGGUCGAGGGGUUCAAGGGGAGUGAGGAGAAGAGGAGGUGUAAGGCCUGUGGGACGAUGGCGGAGAGCGCGCCGAAGGAGGGGGAGAUUAGGGACCCGAAUGUUUAG